AAAGACCACAUCGCGUGUUUCGAAGUCGGCUGGCUUGUUUUGUAAUAGGCGAUAAAAAUCUUCAUGGAAAUCAAAUGCAGAUAUGAUUUAAUAAAACCUUGAAUUUAAGGAUAUCGGCGCAGUUGCAAUUCAAAUAUUCAUUGUGGGAUCUUAUGUUAAUGUGAAAGAUGACCCUGGUGUUUGCAACAUGUUUGUUGUCGGUUAUCUCAGUACCCACGGUCUUUGCUCUGAUGGCGCGAAUGUCGGUUCAGCCUCCAGCCACAUCUGCCGACACUGUCUGCAAGGAAUCUGACACUGUAUGUUCCGUCCGACUUGUUGUUGAGCAUAAAUUGACUAUGAUACUUGAAAAGGAACAGGCUUUAAUUUACCCCCAAAACGGACGCUUAACCGCCAACACGAAUACAUCGAAAUAUCUGACCUUGGAGCAAGAGAAACGUGUGAUCACGGCUGAUGGUUACAGGUCGAUAUUGGUUAUUGCAAUAAAUGGCCAGUUCCCAGGCCCAAGGAUUGAGGCAUACGUAAACCAAACCAUCAACAUGACAAUCGUCAACAAGCUUCAUACAGAUAGCAUCACAGUGCAUUUGCAUGGUAUACAUCAGAAGGGAACUCCGUGGAUGGACGGGGUUGCAUUCAUCACCCAAUGUCCCGUUUUACCCGGACAGACCUUCAAUCAGGUGUUUGAAGCUUUUCCACCAGGUACCAACAUGUAUCACGCCCAUAUUGGUGACCAAAGAAGUAUGGGCCUCUACGGAGCAUUUAUUGUUUAUCCUAGGAAAACACCUGAAGUAAUCGGCCUGAACCAGAUAGUUAUACUAUUACAGGACUGGAAUCACUUGAUGGACCCAGAAACGGCUUAUAACAGAAUGCUGACUCAACAAUUUGAUUUUAAUACUGGAAAAGUUAUUAACACCACUUAUUCAGUAGACAGGGCUAAAUUCUCGAGAUUCGAAUUUCAAUCGGGAUUAAUCAACGGACAAGGGAGACACUGGGUUGAUGCAUCUACAAACAAUGAAAGCCCACUUCCGCGAUUUCAAAUUAGCUCCGGGGUAACUUAUCGUUUCCGAAUCAUUGGCGCCAUGACCCUUUAUCCGAUGAGAGUGUCAAUCGAAGGACAAACAUUUAAGAUUAGAGGAUCGGACGCUUUCGACAUCGAACGAACAAUGGUGCAGUCGUUAGUUAUACACCCCGGUGAGAGAUAUGAUUUCGUUUGGCAAGGACCUUCCAAUACUUCCCAAAAGCAGUAUAUGUUGGUUGCAGAGACCAUAGAGACACCAGAAAGUCUCAACAACAAUAAAUAUCACGCGGCUGAGGCCAUUCUUGAGAUGGUGAACGUUACUGGCCCGGUCAAUUUGAACCCCUCGAAGGCGGCUCCUCCAAAUUGCAAUAUAAUAAACUGCACUGUACUCAACUGCCCUUAUCAGUUCUAUCCAAGAAAUAGCAAAACCACAUGUCUAACAUUCAACGACCUUUUGAAUAACGACCCGAUUCGGGAAACGGAUAGGAUUAUCGGAAACAAAGUCGAUAACGAGUACUUCUUUAACUUCGGAUUUCCUGGUCAAAAUGGUAAUACUCCUGGCUCAGUAAAUGCUAGAGAAUUUAUAUUUCCUUCCGUCCCAAUGCUCACGCAGUCGGACGAAAUAAGCACACUUUGCGAUGAAGAACAAUGCCGUCGUGAAGGGAUGUGCGCAUGUACGUACACACAGAAGAUUCCUUCGGACAAACUUAUCCAGAUGGUUUUCACUAACAUUGGAAACGGAGCGGGAUGGUCACACCCUAUUCAUCUGCACGGCCACUCGUUCUAUGUCAUGAAGAUGGGACUAGGAACGUACAACCCUGAUAAAGGUGACCUAAUUGCCCAAAAUCAAGACAUUAUUUGCACCGACGGCAGGGAGUUCUGCAGCACAAUGAGAUGGAAAGAUUCGUCCUGGGAUAACGGAAAUGUCACUGGAAUGAAUGAGGAUCCGCCACAAAAAGACACUAUCGUGGUUCCAACAGGAGGCUACGUGGUGGUGCGGUUUAUCUCCGACAACCCCGGUAUGUGGUUCCUACAUUGUCACAUCGACCUGCACAACACCAACGGCAUGGGGAUGGUGAUAGACGAAGGAGAUACAAAGCCAACUACACCGAUAGGGUUUCCGGUUUGUCGCAACUUCGAAUUUAAAGGAAUUCCAACUUCUAGCAUGGCAACUAGGUUCAGAUUUGGGGCCGAAAACAUCAUUGCACUUGGCCUAGUUCACAUUUGGUUCACUAUGCACAUUGACAUUCAGAUGACAUUCAUAACAUGUGCAAAUAUUUUAUAUUUCACUAUUAAAUAAAAGCAUAUUAGGUAACUGCAGAGAUACGUCUAUAGCACGCUAAUAUUUAUGUGUGAUUAUGUUAAUUAUUAUGCCUUUGUAUUAUAUUCGGUAUUCGGUCAUACAAGGAGGAAAGAACUAAAUUGAUUUGUAAUUUGUCUGAUUAUUUUCCAUUAUAAAUCCUUAUAUAUUUGUGUUUUAGUAGAAAAUAUAAAUCUUGUGACUGUGUUUGUCUCGUGCCCUUCAGACACUUUGCUAAUCAAUCAUAAUGCUAAAUUUGUUACAUGACACAUGCGCACGUGUGUGUAAACAGUACAAUCAUUUUCAAAAGUUCGAUUUGUUUAUAAAACUUAUGUAAUUUAAA